UAAAGGUACAGCAGCGUUUUCCUGUGGGAACGUAAAUAUCAGCGUGCCGAGGAAAACUGAAAAUGAGUGCUUCUUCCCCAGUUGAGCACCUGGGUUGGAGCUUCAGCCUCAAUAGGAAAUGAAAUCCGUGAGGUUUCAUUGGAUCUGCCUCCUCCUCCUCUCGGUGUGUCUGCUGCUAUGGUACAAUCAUGUGAUGAGGACUGGGCUUGCCAUGAAGACAGGUCUGCGUGGUUACGUGAGGGUUCAUCCCAACACUCGCUCACCUUCAUAUUUGCUGGACUUCCGCUGCGGCCGCUGUGCCGUGGUGUCCAGUUCUGGGCAGAUGCUGGGCGGUGGACGGGGUCAAGAGGUCGACCAGCAGGACUGUGUGAUCCGGAUGAACGCAGCGCCCACCGUGGGCUACGAGGCUGAUGUGGGGAACAGGACCAGUCUGCGUGUCGUCUCCCACACCAGCGUGCCACACCUGCUACGCCAGCAGGGAUAUUUCUUUGGGCGAGAGGCGGGCACUAGAUACGUCGUUUGGGGCCCUGAGAAAAACAUGAGGCAGGAUGGAAAGGGGAAAAUCUUCAAUGCAUUAGUGAGGCUGGCCAAGAAGCAUCCACAUACACACAUCUACACCGUCACCAAAGAAAAGGUUCAGGACUGUGACGCCGUGUUUCAAAACGAAACGGGCAAAAAUAGGAUGAAAUCGGGGGCGUUUCUCAGUACAGGGUUUUUUACCAUGAUUUUGGCUCUCGAGGUGUGUGACAGUGUUCUGGUUUACGGAAUGAUUGACGGCUCUUACUGCAGUCUCGCCAACCACUCGUUCGUGCCGUACCACUACUACGAGCCGUCCCGUGUGGGCGAGUGCCGCAUGUACCGCUCUCAUGAACACGCCAAGAGGGGCGGCCAUCGCUUCAUCACGGAGAAACUCAUUUACAGCCGCUGGGCGUCUCGGGGGAAACUGCGCUUCGUUUACCCACCCUGGUCACCAUAGUAACAUCAACAACAAUCUGUGGUUUCAACCGAGUCUGGCUUUGUGUAAAGAUGUAGGUCAGUCUUCAGCAAUCGUUUCUC